GACCUUGGCCGCCUCCCUCCCCGCGAACCAGAGCGCAAGCGAGGAGCUCGCCGCCGCCGAGCGUCGCGCCCUACAGCAGGGCGCCAGGGCAGCUGAGAUGGAGUCUGGCCGGGCGCGCCUCAGCAGGGUGACGGAACAGCAGGCGAGGGUGCUAAGGAGCAAACAAAAGCUUUGGGACGACCUGAGCCGUGAGUACGCCCUGUGCCGCAAGAAGGCUCGCCAGGACGAGACGGCCCGCGAACGCCUGCGGCAGGAGAAGCAACAGCUCGCCUCCAGCCUCGCCGACAAGAACCUCCGGCUGGAGGUGGCACUCGAAGAGCAGCGUUUGCGGGACAUCAAAAUCUCCACCUGCCAAAGAGAAAUGGCGGACUGCUCGGCAGCGCAACUCAAGCUCAGCGCGCAGAUGGACGGCGUGCGUAGUCAGCUGGGCAUGGCGGUCCGCGAACUGACCGAGCAGCGCGAGCGCCACCAGGAGGCCGUCGCGCAGGUGCACGCCCUGGACAAGUCCAACGAGCAGCUCAAGGAGGAGGCGGCGACGCGCGAGAAGCAGGCGGUGCAGCUGGAGCGGCUGCUCGCGCGCUCGCGCACCGAGGCGCACGGGCUGCGCGCCGACGCGCAGCGCCUGGAGGCGGCCGUCAAGGCCCUGCGCGCCCAGGCCGCCGCGCUGGCCGCCGAGGAGAGGCGCCUCAACGACCUGCUGCGCGAGGCGGACGCGGAGCGCACCGAGCUGCGCCGCGAGGCCGAGUCGCGCCUGGACGAGCGCGACGUGAUCGCCACCAUGCUGGUGCGGCGCAACGACGAGGUGCUGCUGCUGCGCGAGAAGGGCCGCCUGCUGCAGGACGCGCUGGUGCGGGGCCGGGCGGCGCUGCUGGCCGCCCGCGAGGACAGCCGCCUCCUCGCCCUCGAGGUGCGGCGGCUGCGCGCCGAGCGCCGCCACCUCGCCGCGCAGGUGCAGAACACGCCGGGGCUGCGCGCCCAGCUGUACCGCGCGCUCCAGGACCUCACCCGCGACCAGGUGCGCCUGCGCGCCCUGGAGGACGAGAUGUCCUGCCCGCUCAACGUGCACCGCUGGCGCAAGCUGGAGGGUGUCGAUCCGCCCGCCUUCGAGCUCCUGCUCAAGGUGCGCAUCCUACAGAAGCGCGUCCUCCAUCUGUCGGCCGCCGGGCUGCGCCGCGAGGCCCAGCUCCGCCACACCGAGGGCCUGUACGUGGCGCUGCGCAGGGCCGUGUGCCCGACCGAAGGGCUGCCCGGGCCGAUUGGUGUCCCCCGUCACACGCGGCUCGCCUCGCGCGGCCGCCACCUCAAGGCCCUCAUCGCCGAGGUGUCCGCCCUGGAGGCGCUCGCCGACCAGAAGACGGCCACCCGCCUGCUCGCCGACCUCCGCUGCUCCGAGCUGCACCUCCCCGACCUGGACCUCCGGAAGCGCAAGGCCCCGGACGAGGGUCGCGAGGAGCCGGAGGAGGCUCCGCGCGCCAAACAGCCCUCGCCCCGCCCCGCCGGCAACGUGGUGCUCCCGCCCGCUGCGCCCGCGCCCGCGCCCGCGACUGCCGCCGCGACUGUCCCCGCGCCUGGACCUGCCCCUGCAUCACCGCCAACAACCACGCCUGCGCGCCAAAUCAGACUGCGCUCGGCGUGCUUCUCCUGUCCCCCGCGAUCAGAGUGCUUUCCCUAAUAUUUCUAGUUUCGUUUUACGUUGUUAUUCGAAUUAUUUUGUUUUAUGUCCGUUUUCCCCUUUUGAACCAUAUUGUUUUAUAUUAUUGUGCAAUUUGUUUAUCUGAAUUGUUUUCACCCAAUUUUUGUACUGUUCUAUAUCUUUUUAACGUGUUUUGUAAUACCUUUCCACGGUUGUGUCCGCAAGUCUUGUGUUUUGCUUCCAUACUGUUUAUAAAGAUUUCCGAGCCCUGCUGUUUCA